AAAUAUGAAGUGUUAUUAUCCAUAUAGGUAAUGGAACCUGUGUUGACAAUGGAGCUCUGGCCAAAUUAUGAAUGGAUUUUUGUUGGAACUGAAAAUGCAAUUCAAAGGAUUCCGCUUGACCAUUGCGGUGCUUAUAGCAAUUCAGAUUUCCAAAAAUGCUUAGCAAAAGAUCCACAUUGCACUUCAGAUACUGAGUGUCAACACAUGUUAAAUCUGACUGAGGUAGUUGGUCCUGAAGACGUUACUGCAGAUGAAGGAGACGUGGUUUACCUGUUUUGUCAUGCAGCAGUACAGGAGGGUCUCUCCUUGAAGGUGGAAUGGUUCAAGGAUGGUGACCCAUUGACGAUUGGGAGUAAAUUUAAGGAAUAUGAGUAUCUGCUCCAAGGGGAAAUAAACUAUGAGAAUCCUCAUGGUAAAGUAAUUGAAAAUGAAGUGCAAAGUUAUCUGAGGGUCUUCGUCAACAAAAAAACGGAGGGCGUAUAUAAAUGCAACAUCUUAGAAAGCGGUGUAUCCGUGUGGCAGAAAAGUGGAAAAGUAGAAGUGAAAGUGUGUAAUCAGUGAAACUGAAUUAUGCGAGGAUGUCACAGGAGUGGAAUUGCAGAAAGGCUUCAAAGAUCCAAAUCCAUACAUUGGUAUGAAUAAGAUUAUUGAAACUACUUGAUCAAUAUAUUUUUAUAAUUUAUUUACUUUUAUUAACAAAAGGGACUUUCUAUCCUACAUUCAGAUUAUAUACAGAAGCUAGCAAAAACAAUAAAUACAGUAUAAACAAUAAAUUUCUACUUUAAUACUAAGAUUGAAAAGGGGAUGUGAUCAGUCUGUUAUUAUAGCUUGCCGUUCAGCUUGAUAAAUGCUCAAUGUUAUUAUUGUUAUUACAUCCAGACCGGAAUAAGAAUCUUAAAACUGUGUAAUUCCAUAGAUUUAAAAAAAUUUUUUUGUCAUAUUUUUAUGAAAUUUUGUAGUGACGUAAAAAAAUUGUGUAUGUGAUUGUGUGCAUUUGUAUAUUAGCCAGAAAUGCGCAUAGCUGUUCUCUGGCAACAACAUUACUGUCAACAUUAGGCAGAAAUGUUCUCUUCAGUGUACCAGGACUCAUGGAGUAGCCUGCAUUCAAACUUAUUAUUCACCAAAUAUUUACAGUAGUUUCAAAUAAAAAGGUUCAGACAAAAGAUUUAAAUUAAAAAAUUUCAGCAUUUGUCUAUCUUUAAAAUUGUAUUGUUGCCAUUUGAAAGAGUUUCCUAACAUCCCUUUGCUUUAACAUUAAAUUCCUUAACAUUAAAUUUUGGAGAAUAAUAGUUUGUUAUUAAUUUGUUGCCUUAACAAUAAUAAAAGUAAUAUAAAUUUAGUACUUUUUUAAGUAGUUGUUUAUGAGUUAUAUAUGUGUAUAUAUGAAGAGUGGUUAUUCUAUACCCAAUUGAAUAUUGUUUGAUUUAUCUAUUUAUAUUUUGACAAUACUUUGAGAAUAAAAUGCAUCAGCAUAGGAGUGGCAGUGUUUUCUUCGCAAAUUAAUUUAUGGUGGUCUCAGAACAUAUUCAAUCAAUGAAAAAUUGUCCAGUUUUUCUAAGCAUCAGGGAGCUUAGACCAAAAUAUCGUUUGUCAGCUUCAAAAUAUUUGAGGGUAAUUAUUUUAUAAAUCUGUGUCAUUUUAUACAAGGUGUAAAUUUUUUGUUUUAGUAUACUUGUUACUUGUGCUUGUAUAGUGCUUUUCCUUGUAAUUUACAAAGUUCAUUUUUAUCCUUUAAGCCAUUAGGUUUACAUAGUUAAAUACUGUUACCCCAUCAUCGCCCACUAGGUAACCAUUUAUACAGUAAAAUGGAAAAGCAAUGUAGAUUUGCUCAAGGACACAAGCAUGUUGCACAGCAACAAGGAAUUGAUCCAGAUCGAGAGAAAAACCUGGGUGGGGGGACACACACCAAGUUCUUUUCCUUUUUUGUUGGGGCCUAGCCUCUUUAUCCCCUCCCCACCACCCUGGACCCUGACAAUUAUGCUCUGAAGCAUAUCUUUCCUGGUUUGACACCUGCAAACACCAUUGCUUGGGCCUUGUUCAUGCCUGACCAUGUGCUCUAAUUAACCAUAUCUUUCGGAUAGGAAGUUUAGCUGAAUAAAAUGGCUCUGUCUACACUACUACAUUUGGAAAAGGAUAGGCCUAUGUGAUUGCUUGUUGGGGUACUGACCAAUUAAAUAUCUUUAGACGUGUGUACAGUAUGUGUUGAAUUUUGUGUUAAUUUGGUGUUAAAUAUGUAAGGAAAGUACACAGUAAACUGAGUUCUUUACGCAUUUUGAAUGUUUGUGUCCUAUGAAAUUGCUAUACACUAUAAAGAAAGAUUUUGCAAUUUACUGCUAAGUAAAGUGUACAGUAAAUGGAGUUCUUUUCGUAUUUUGAAUGUUUAUGUUCUAUGAAAUUGCUGUACAUUAUAAAGAAAAUAUUUUGCAAUUUACAUGAACUGUAAAAAUGCAAUAAAAAAAAUCUUUCUGUACAUAGGAGUGGGAAUAGUGUGUUAAAAUGCUUGAAACUUGGCAGUUCUUAGCAGAAAUGUGUUUGUGUUUACUUGACUGCCAAAUAUGCCAAUUUUCUUUUCUGAUAUUGCCUGCAGCUUGCAUACACAGAUUUGUCACACUUUGAGUUAUAUGAUAAUAAAGACUUUUACAUCAGUAUGCUACCACUUUGUAUCACUACAGUACUUGUGUUAUUCCUUACUACAAGAAUUUAAAUAAAAUAGAAAACUUUUCUUUUAAAAAUAAUUUAUUAUCCAUGAAGAAAAUUCUAAUUAUAGUGAUCUACAUACCUGUAUCAGAGAAUCCAGUUUGCCCUCCAAUUCAAGACCACCAUUGGGACUUAAUAUAUGGGGUAGUCUUGGAGUUCGGUCUCCAAUUGGAGGGUUACACUAGGUUUGUGUUAGAUUGAUGAUGGAUAGUUUUCAUACUUCGAAAAAAGUGUCUCAAAUUACAGUAAAAGGGUCUUGAAUUGGAGGGCGAACUUUAUAAUACUGCUAGGUGGUUUUGUAAAAUACUGUACUGUAUUGCAUUCAUCAUUUUAAAAAGCUUAAGUAUGUACAGCAACUCCUAUACAUACAAGUACUGUAUUAGAUUUACCAUAUAGACAAAUAUUUUAUUGUUAAAACAAUCCAAAAUAGACAAUACUACAACUAGGAACUGUAACCAUACCAUUCACACACCAGGGGCGGAUCCAGGGAUGUCCAAAAGGGGCCCCCCCGAAAGGUCGGCCAGUCGAGAUAAUACUACCCCACGGGGUUCGGGGGAUUCCCCGCAAAAUUUGUGUGUUGUAGAUGGCCAAAAAUAAUCUCUGAGGCGUUUAGAGAGAUCAAUUUUCUUUUUCUUUCAAAAAUGGGGUCCAGGGCCGGCCUGGCCCCCCCAUACAUCCGCCCCUGUACACCCACCCAGCCACACAUCAUAAAUGCCGAACCACAGUACUGUACCUUCAUUUAGCUUUAAUUUACUACAAGUCAUCAGUGAUUAAAAUUUACAGUAUUGUGAGUUGAACUUGCCUAAGUCGAAUUCAAAGUGGCAUUGAAAAAUUAUUCGACUGAGAUAAAAUUUGACUUACAGAUUGUUAAUUAAAACAACAAUUUGGCAUGUAAAAUAAGUUCUAGUUAGCAAAUUCAACUGCAUAUUUAUCCUAUAUGGACAUACUGUUUUUCUAGCUGCUUUCUACGUUGGCUACAUUAUUAAUUUGAAACCCAUUAAAUUCCCUUCCUCUUUGCAGUCCACAAUUUUUAUCCAAUUACUACAACCUUCCUCAUCAUACUUUUACUACACUAUACCAGCACACAUGAGUUAUUAUUUGGAUAAUAUAGUUCUAACCACCAAUUAUCACUCUUAAAACAAUCAAAUACUGUAUAUUGCAUGGUCAGUUAAAAUUAACAAUUGCACAUGCAUACUGGUACAUCGUUGGGUUUUGAGAACCCCUAUAAUUUAUCAGCUCAUUUAUUAAUGGUCAGCUGCAUGGACUACCCUCAUUAAAUAAGGUUUAAAGUCCAACUUCGGAGAAAAAAACAACUGAUUUUUCUAAGACACAAAAACAUAUUUGACAAACAAUUUGGUAACGGUUAAUGAGAUACAUAUUUUUGAAUAUUUAAAAACGGCGGAAAAAAGAGUGGUUACACCCUUUUUCUCCCAGUACUGUACAAGUAUGGUUUGUUGUAACACUAGAUACUGUAUGCGCAAUUCAGUAUUUUUAUGGUAAAUAGUAAAAUUGUUUUUAAUAAAAUAAUAAUUUUAAUUGAAAAUUGUAAUACUGUAGCGUGAAGUAAACCUACAUAGUACAUUAAUCUGCAUUACACCACCUUAAAAAUAAAAUAUUAAGAUUCAUAAUUACUAUUUAUAUCUUCUAAUACAAUGCACUUACUGUAAUUUUCUUAAAAUGUUCAUUUAAUCAUUACUGUAUUUCUUUUAAAUUUCAGAAUGCCCAUAAUCAGCUUCAUGCAAAUAUCUAUAAAAUACUGUACUGAUACUGGUUCAGUUUCUGACAACAAAGAUACUGUAGAUUUAUUAUAACUACAGCAAAGAGACAUAAAUGUUGUACAAAAUUGUAGGCCUACAGAGGGCUAGUCUAACCUAAAGAAAUUUCAUUACAGACACAUUUAUUCAAGUAUUACAAACAAAAUAAAUCCUGGUUAAUGACUGUUUUAGCUACGGAGGUAUAAAAGGAUGGUGUAAGAAUCAGCAAGAGAGGAAGAUAGAACUAACUUACUAAUCUGUUACAUGAUCUUAACCCAAUUACAGUAGUCUGUUAUAAUGAUAUGUGGUACAGAUCAGAUAGUUGACUAUGAAAAUAUAUAGCUAAAUGUAUUCCUGAUUCCCCUUUUAAAAAUAAUUUUAUAAUGUAAUUAUCUACCUAAUAAAACCCACAUGAGUUAAAGACCAUCCAAAAUAACUCUAUCCAGAUAUCCUGCCCAGACUACUGUAUCAAAUCAUCUUUGACAAAAAACUGGUGUAUGCUAUACAGUAUAUAGUGUCAUGAUGUGCUGUGAUCAUGACCAUAUGUAAGCAUCUCACAUUGUUUUGUCAAAUAAGAUUUGAUUAUUGUAUUAUUAACAGGACUUGAUUUAAAAUACCAUCAAACGGAUCAUUACAGCAUGAUUAAAUUU